AUGGAUUACUACCAACAGGCCCGACCACCAGCUUCCGCUGGCCAGCCCACUCAUCAGUACGUCCAGUAUUCUGCACAGGCAGGAGCUACUUCAUCACAAAUGUAUUAUCAACAGCAGCCAAUCGGCCACCAACCUCAGCAACCGCCAAGUUAUCAAUUUCCAAUACAAGCAGCUUCAGGAACAGCAAAUAUGGACUAUAGCCACAGCCUGGGUGCCACUCAACAAUCGGGAAUAUCCGGUUCGCAUAAUCACAGUCAACAUCAGCAAGGUGCUGUGAUGGGACAAGCGGUGCAACCCCGACGUGGAGUUUCGCAGCGCAGUGGACCUCCACCUGUGGACUCAGCAACACCAAUUCAAAAUGCGUCACAUAUGCGUCUGUCACCUCAACAAGAAUUGCCUCUUCGUAUUGUAAUCGACUCAAAACAUGUUGGAGCGAUUAUCGGAACAGGUGGGAAUAAUGUGCGAGAAAUCACAAAGGAGUCCAAAGCUCGUGUUGUUGUUGAUGUGCACCGCACUGUCAAAGAUCAGCAAGGGCAUAGCGAAAAAAUAAUAUCAAUCCUCGGUCAUUUGGAAAAUUGUUCAAAAGCGUGCGUGAAGAUUUUGGAGGUUGUUCAACGUGAAAAUGAGAAGGACGAAACUAAAGACAACAAUGAGGUUGAGCUAAAAAUUAGAGCUCACAAUCAGCUAGUUGGACGUCUCAUUGGAAAACAAGGCGCCACUAUUAAGAAGAUCAUGCAGGAUACUGGCACAACUAUUUAUGUUUCGAACGAACAGACUUCUCGAGCUGUUGAAUUAACCUCUGUGGGUUGUUUAAUGCCGCCUUUCCCAGACGCUCUACUUUCAAUGGAGCGCACAAUUACUGUUAAAGGACCAAGCAUUGAAGUUGUAUCUGGUGCGGAACAAAGGAUUUCCGCCAGACUACGGCAAAGUUACGAGACUGAUCUUCAGCACAGAAUGUCGUUUACUGGUAUUCCAACCAUGCCUGGCAUGAUUCAUCCUAUUGGAGACGCAUACACAGCUCUAGCGGCUUCAACGAUGCGUCCAAUCGGUGGACCAAUGUGCGGUGUUGGAGGUCGUGCCGACAUUCCAAAAACGACCCGAAUGUGGGUUCCCAAUUCAAUGGUUGGGGCCAUUAUUGGUAGCAAGGGAAGCAAUAUUCGUAACAUAAUACGGACCUCUGGUGCUAAUGUGCGAAUAGAAGGAGGUGGCGAACGCAAAGAUGCUGAGCGAAAGGAGGAAGCAGAAAAGAAGGAAGAACCUGCAAAAGAUACAGAAUCUCAUUGUGAAGAAGAAAAAGCGCAUUCUGAAGUUCUUGAAGAGCGGCGGAGUGAUGACGGAGAGCGUUUAGUUACAAUUACUGGCAAUGAUGCGCAGCAAUAUCGGGCGCAAUUUUUGAUAUUCAAUCGUGUUGCUGAGCAAUCACAGCACCUUAUCGAUGAGGUAAAACUGCGAACAGAGUUGACGGUUCCCUCUCGGCUUGUAGGGAGAAUCAUUGGAAAAGGCGGGCAGAAUGUCAGAGAAUUGCAGCGCAUUACAGGAGCUUCAGUUAAAAUCCCCGAAGAUGAGCCGAAAGUAGCUGAUCUAACCUUCUCAGAAGUACCAAAAGAAGGUUCAACUUCUCCCUCUCCAAAUGACAGUGGUACAGUGGUGCGAAUCGUGGGAAAUUUCUUGGCCACACAAAGCGUACAAGUUCGUAUAGGACAACUCAUCUCUGAUUUCCAGCGCGCCACCAAUCUGCAUGUUUGUGACAGCGGUUCCGUGGUGGGCGUUCUUGCAAUUACGUUGGACGUAGCGUCUGUUGAUAUAUCUUUUGGGGAUAUUUAUUCAUUCGUGCGCACAGUCCCGAUUGUGAACUAA